AUGGAAGCUUUGGUGGCUUCUCAGAAUCAGCCACCUCCUCCUCCUCAGACUCCGCUUCAGAGGACCGUGAUUUUCGAGAUUGCCUCUAAGCCCAUCUCUAUGGCUCCCGUCAAUUCUCCACAGCACCACAUGCCUACUAGUUUCCCUUGGGGCAUGCCUCCUAACUUCGUACCCGAGGGGUACCAACCUGAUAUUGAAGUUCCUAUGGCUCAACCAAUGAUGUCAGUACCACCUCUCGUGGUUCAUGUUGUUCCUUAUAUUGAAGAAACUGUUUUUCAUGAUGACCAGAGCGAGGCUAUACAGAAAGAGAUCCAAGCUUUGAGGGGGAAAGAUCUGUUUGGAAAGAAUGCUCAUGAUUUGUGUUUAGUUCCUAAUGUAAAGAUUCCACACAAGUUCAAGGUUCCGGAUUUUGAAAAGUAUAAAGGAAACUCUUGUUCUAUGAGUCAUCUAGUGAUGUACGCUUGUAAGAUGUCGACUCAGACUGAUAACCAUCAAUUGCUGAUCCAUUACUUUCAGGACAGUUUGACUGGUGCUACUCUGAAAUGGUAUAUGGGACUCGAUAGUACUCAUAUUCAAACAUUUAAUGACCUAGGCGAGGCUUUUAUUUUCCAGUACAAAUAUAAUGUCGACAUGGCACCUGACGGGGAUCAACUCGGUGCUAUGUCCCGAAAAGAUAAAGAAAGUUUCGAGGAGUACGCGCAAAGAUGGCGCAAUAUUGCUGCAUAG